UUGUUCAUGGAUAAUCAUACACCGGCUAGGCUGUGUGUGUCCAGUAUUCUCUGCACUGAGUCUGUGGGUGGUCUAUAGUAGCAUCAGUGGUCCCUUCUCCCCCCCUGCAAUCACUAUGGCUGCAAAAGAGCUGCUGUGCAUCUGCCAAAUCUGCAGUUGUGGGCGACAUCGGUGUCCUCACAAACCACUACCCAGGAUCAUGAGCACGUCUAACCAACUAUGUUCUCUCACGGAAUAUUCAGUGCAAUUCAAGCGCUAUCAAGCCAAGAAAAGACAAAGCUUCCGUCCAAAACCAAAGUCUAUAGCUCAUGAUGCCAAGAUUGAGAGCAACACAACAAAUCGAAACGACUAUGUCUGUCACCCCAUCACACCACCUCCUCCUAAACCUGUGGUCACCUAUAGGCCACCAGAUGGAGUUAUGGACGGCAGCACCGAGUACAAAACGCUCUACCAAGGAAAGUGGGCCGUACCAGCCAAGCAAAUACGUCCGUCUCAAACAAGGAACGAUAACAACGAGCCUUUCGAUCAUAAAACUACAAACACUGUGGAGUAUGUUGUGCAUACGCUUCAACCAAGAGAAGGCUACGGGCCAAAGAAUGCGUACGAAACUCCUAGAGAGCCAUUUGCUGGAAUAACUACUGUGAAGACCGAUUUUAUCGAUUAUGGAAGCGUCCAGCCACCAAAAAGUUUAAAGCCACAACAUCAAGCGAAUUCUUCAGAUCAACCCUUCGAAGGUGUAUCUAGUUAUCGCAAUAGCUUUACUCCUCCUGCAAUGCCGGCCAGGUUUCAACGACCCAAGCAAGUGUAUGCGCCCUCUGAUAAAACGUUCUCUGGGGACACAACUAACAGAGUUGACUUCACUGCACCUUCUGGAACCAAGCCUACCCUAAGUUUCAAGCCACCUCAAAAUAAAACUGCCUCAGAUCAACCAUUUGAGAGCAAGACGACAAGUCGUAUGAGCUAUACAAAGUGGGAGCUACCAAGCAAAGUGUUGAGACCACCAGUCGUGUAUGUUUCACCAUCUGAGAAGUUUUCAGUCCACUCCACAUACAGAGAUGACUUUCCCAUCUACGGUCAGUUUGCUAGAUCAAAGAGCUUCAAGCCUAACGAAAAACGAGAAGAGAUGGCACCAUUUCAAGGUGUUACAUCACACGGCAAUGAUUAUAGGACCUGGAGCGAUGUUCAGAAAACACUUCCGAUACGAUUGGAGAAAAGAUACACGGCCCCAACAGAUAAGUUUGAUGGUAUCUCGACUGCCAGAGCUCAUUACAUUGGGGAGUUUUCUCCUAAAGCUGCCUCAAUGAAGCCUCAAGCUCCAGUCUACAGCAAGUCCUGUGCUAUGGACGGCAGGACCAGCUAUGGAGACAGCUACUCUGGAUUUGGCUACCAACCUUGCCCAGGAGCUACUCUGGUCAUUGACGUGAACAAGCACCCUGGUUAUGACUAUUCACACGAGGACAGUGCCACUGGACACAAAUUCUUUUCACCAGGAAAAGACGUUCUAAAGAUUCCUGUCGAGACUGUUGCUUAGAAUGCUUGCUGUGUUUGAUUGAAUGUCUCAGUAAUUAUUUUGUGCAGCAGUAGUGAAGUUGAGCUUUUAAUUUUUGCCAAUAAUUAAUAAUUAUUGUUCAUUCAA